AUGCAUCGCUCUGGCUCCUUUUCAUCCCAACAAUCCCACCAUCCGCCUAGACUGGCGCUAGCUCGCCUGGCUGCCACUGAAGACCUCUUUUCGGUCGAAGACCGGGUGGCCCGAAAACCAAAGCAAGAUAACCACGGCCAGUUUUAUUUCCCCAAUGGCGAAGUUUUUCGUCCUAGAAACACGCCCCUGAGACGCCAUAGACCUUCUAAGAUUCACCCACCUGACGCUGCUGCUCCUCCUGCUUCACCGCACCACCACCACAACCACCAUAACCACCCUAACCACCAACAUGUUUCACCUGUGGCUGGUCCUUCGAGCUCGUAUAACCCCAUUCCUGGUGUGCCGUAUAACACUGGCGGUACAUUCAAUGCCGUUCCAGGAGGCUUCAAUCCCGGCUUUCCCGGCCAAGGCGCUCGUUCAGCUGCUCCAAGAUCUAACUCGUUGGCGUCCAACUCGUCAGCAAGAUCUACGGUUUCUACAGCUACAACAAAUAGUGCUGCUCCUUACAUGACUCGCUCGCAUUCUUUUCAUAACUUAAAGGCAAAGUCUCGUUCGGACUUGGCUCAGUCACUCCGCAACAAUAGGGUCGACACCAACAUAAACAUUUCCAACUUUUCAGCUCCAUCGUCAACUGUCCCUUCACCCCAGGUCGCAGCCAGACCCCAUUUCCAACCCCCAGCAGCUCACUCAUACAAUGCUGUUCCUUCAGGCCCAGCUUUUUUACAUGCUCGUUCACACUCGCUUUCCAAUAACAAGUAUCCUGAAAAUUCCACCAACAUCGUCAAGUCAGAACUGUCUUUGUACACAUCACUGCUGUUUACGGACGCUAGCUCUAGGGGCCGCCAGAGCGCUUCUUCUGACUCCAAGAACUCCAGUUUGUCCAGCUACAAUCUCAACCGUUCAAGUUCCAACACUCCACAAACAUCCGUUACCACUUCGGAAAACCACGACCUGAAGGAAACCGACCUGAAAGAGAAUGAUCCCGAGCCUGACCAUGUCCUUCCGACAUGUCUGUCGCUAGAAUCUAUUAGAGAAGGUGCCGCCAAGGCGUCCGACUACAUUGCUGACUCGUGCCCAAACCCACAAGCCAACACUACAAACGUCAAGACACUGGAUUCAGAAUCAUCGCUAGAGAUCGAACGUUCUUCUACUCCCUCUUCAUUUACCAGUGCUGAAUAUGGCGACGCCCUGGGUGAAGUGUUGCCUGAGAAAAGACAAUUGAGUGUGCAUGAGGAGACGCAUUCUGGCAAUGGGUCCUCAGCCCCAAACUCACCUCCAGCGAGUGAAAGUAUCACUUCUUCUCCUCCACCUGGCCUGAAGAUGCCUUCGUCCACGACAGAGGCCGAGCUUUCACAAGUGGAAAAUGACACGGCGUCGUUGUCCAAUUCAACCCACUCUGCUUCCUGCGACAGGACCGUGUUUACCACACCCACCAGCGGUAAUACUGAAUCCGCUGCCACGAGUAUCUCCCAGAAUUACGAAAAGGGUGAAUCCUCCCCUACUAUUUCCUCUUCCUCGUCCGCCACUGCCCCCUUCCCUACGCAAUCCAACAAACAUUACAAGUCAAUGCUACUAGAUGAUGACGCUGACAGCGGGUCCAAGGCACCGAUUACACCCGACGCAGAAAUCUCUGGCAGUGACAGUGGUGAUGCGGACCUAAAGCAUCACCUGUCGAUCCAAACGUCUCUUCAGGAUUCAACUGUCACAAUAUCCCAAAAUAUGAACAAUUCUAGCGAGACUUUGGGUAAUAAAACGCGCCCUAAGCCAGCCACCAUCGACACCAACAGGGCAGUAAAUUUAGACGAGGAGGUAUUCACGCCCUGCAGUGAGUACAGUUUUGCCGCAGGCGAGGAAAAGCUUAUCUGCAAGCUGAAGGACGAUCCGCUGGAUAGCGAAACGCAUGAGGAAAAGGCUCCUACAAAUGAAGCUCCUCCUAUUAAACGUGAAAAAACUGAUGCCAGCAUAAGCAACAUUCUUGACGCCUAUUCGGAAGAGCCGGUGCAAGGAUGCGAUUCUGCCGUACAUAAAUUGGAAUCGCACGAUGCACAGGACUCGCAGCAUCUGUACGAGCCUCAGGAACCACUUGAAAGUGAAAACACAGAGUCUGAGAAUGUUCCUAAUGCGGAAACCGAUGAGACACGCCCAAUUGAAAAGCCGCUUGAUUCCCUGAAACUUACAGAUGGAUCCCUUCCUGAUGUCCCAGAGGCGCGCCAAACCACGGACAAGCAUUCUGUUCUGACGGAAGAACACCUGUUUGAGUCGUCGCCCGAAAAACCGCUUCCUGAGGCUUCGCUGGGUAAAUCUAACGAUGACACUUUGCAUGAAUCGCCCAAAUCGGAUGUGGAGAUUCCAUCAGAACCAAAGGGUGUUGAAUCGACUCCUGAAGGUAGCACGGAAACUGCUUCCAUUGAAGACGCUCCUGAUGGUGAAGGCGUCCCCAUGGCUUCCGAAUUGACUAAAAGACCACCUCCUCUAUCUUUGGAACAGUCUCCUGUCAAGAAUCUAGUUGCCAAGGAUGAACUGGAGAACAACAAUUCGUUGAUUCGCAAUAGGUUGUCGAUGCUUAAUGUCGUUAACGUUGAUUUUGAUAAGUCAUUGCCUACUACGCCUGAUAACAUGAAGUUUACUGUUGCCAUGCCUGAUAGCGUUUCUCCAGCAUCGAAGAAGCUGUUGUCUCCUCAGAAGCCUCAAUUACAAAGGAACAAUAGUAUGAGCAAAUCCUUCUCCAUCAAUAACUUUAAGAAGGUCUUUGGACGCUUUGGGAAUGACGCUCCUGAGAAGAGCUCUUCCGAACUGAUACUGUCUAAGAAAGAGUCGUUUGGAAGCAAGUUGCUUAAGAAGAAGUCUUCAUUUUCUGCUGAUAGCGGCAAGGGCGUUUUAGGCUCCGAGGCCAAUCUGUCUAGCACUUCACUUCUGACUACGCAAAAGAAGGGAAAGCGCAAGUUCUUUAAGACUCUCAAGUUCAUCCCUGGUGCCAAACAGGAAGAAGUGACGUCUCCGGUUUACAGUGUUAGAGCCAAGGUUCCUUCCCCAGUUCUUGACACAUUCCCAGAAGAAUCUCCUGCCCUCAAUCCUUAUAGACUUCCAGAUUUUGAGACGGAGGAGGACGGCUUCCUGGAUUUGUUGUUGAAGUUUGAUGAAGUGGAAAAAGAAAUAGAGCUCGAAGAUGAACAAUCGAGAAACAAGCCCAAAGCUAACGCGUUUUUUAUGAGAGAUGAUGAGUUAACGAAAGCACAAAUUGCUGAUCAGCAGAGAAAUGACAAUCACAAUUCUGACGAUUCGCUUCCGGAAAAAUUCGAAGAGUCAACGGAUGAUAGCGCUGAGCAAACUGAAGAACCCGAAGAUGUCCCUGAGCGUGAAAUACCAUGGUCUCCAGGGUAUGACGAAUAUGCAUCUGGUGUGUUUACGCCAGAGACCGAUGAGGGUCCUAAAAGAGUACAGUCGUUGAAGCUCGACAAGAACGAAUUGCAGGACAUGUUGGAGAAGAAAGCCCACAGCAACCACUUUAUAAAGCACGUCAGACAAAUGCGGGACAUGGAUCUGGUGGAGAUUGUUGUUGAGGCUUUCAAUCCAAACGAGAAGGUCGAAGAGAACGCUGAAUCGCCAAAAGAGAUGAACUCUAUCUUGAGAGAUGCCAGUUUGAACAAUGGCACGCCAGGCAAAGCUGUGAAGUUCUCAAGUAAGGUAUCCAUUAGCGAGACUUAUCCAUCUUAUGUCUACAGAAGAUACAACAAGUCUGUCACGCAGUACUACCUUACAGAGACUGGCGAAGUGAACAAGAUCAAGAACGAAUUGAACGCGUACAAGUGCUACGAGAUGCUAGUGCACGAGAAGUCGCAGAACAAUACCCAAUUCUUCUACUAG